AUAAUGAUGUCAAACAGAGUUCAAUAGAAAUUGUGCUCGCAGUAAUUGAAAUGCUUUAAAGUGCGUUGUGUUGAAGAUGAUGCCGCCCAAUUUAGGCGACAGCCAUCGACUUUGGUUGCGCCACGAAGUGAGCAGCGAUGACACCUUAACCCGCUUGGCCCUAAAGUGCGGCACAACGAUUGGUCAACUGUGUCGCGCCAAUCGGAUGCAUAGCCAGGACAUUGUCCAGAUGCGUAGUCACAUGUGGCUGCCAGUGUCAGCAACAGCAAUGAAACCAGCUGCAGAAUCACAGCAGGAGGAUAUUCCAAGUCAAGUGAAAGUUGCCAAGUGGCUGCCGCCGCAUUUCCAUCGUCAGAGCGUUGAGAACCUCGAUGACUAUGCGGAGGAGAGUGAUCCACUUCUGAUCACCACGCGCUGCAUCUGAAGCAAUCACAAUAAAGUAUCCACUUCUCUCUCUUUCUCUCUGGAGCACAAUUUAAUUAGCGACCGCAUCGGGUAGCUGAAGGUAGCACAAUUUCAUCCUCUUCUACCCCAACACAUUGUCUUGUCUACCUUGACUUUGCUCGCCCCGUUUACAUCCUGUCGCAGACGCUGCCAGAAGCUUGGCUGCAGACGACUAAGGCAAAGGCAAAGGCAGCCAGCCAGCGUUUUAUCAGCCAAGUGAAGUUGUGGGCGGCAUUUCAAUUAUCGUAACAUUAUGCUCUUCCUUUUUGGUACAUUUGCAUUGCACAUGAGUUUCGCUGAUAAGCUCGA